GCGGCAGGCUUGAGCUCUGCUGUGUGAGAAGCGCUCAGAAACACAGCCCAACAUCGCAUCAAAAGAUGGAAAUGUAGACAUAUAUCAGAAGAUGCGCACAUCGGAGACAUAACACACCAUCGACUGAUGAUGAUGGAAGACGGACUGGUGUCUGAAGACGAUAUUUUGCUUCGCUCCGAGAAGGAGUUUCAUGAUGCUGCGAAGAGGAACGACACGGAGAGGAUGCAGGAGCUCAUCAGAAGAGGGGUGGACAUCAAAGUCAAAAAUAAGAUGGACCGUAAGGCCUUGCACUGGGCAGCAGGAGCCGGCAGUGAGCAGGCAGUGCGUCUGCUGCUGGACCACGACAUGGAGGUGGAUGAUAUGGACAGCUUCGGGAUGAACGCUCUGCUCUUGGCGGCAUGGUUUGGUCACCUCUCAAUCCUGAAGAUCCUCGUCUCAACUGGUGCAAAGCUCACCUGUGAAAACAAAAAUGGCUUGAAUCUCUUGCACUGUGCUGCCCAGAGGGGUCACAUCAGUAUUUUGGAGUAUAUUAUGGAAGAUCUGGAAAACGUGCAGCUUAAUAAAGUCGACAAGUCAGGUAAGACUGCGUUUCAUUUGGCCGCGGAGCAUGGACACCUGGAGGUGGUGGAGUUUCUCAUUGGUAUGGGCUGUGCUCAUGACCUCAAGGAUAAGGAGGAAAACACUGCACUGCAUUUGGUAGCUAAGCAAGGCCACAGUGACGUCCUUCAGAAGAUCAUGGAGACCGGGGAGAGCAUUGAUGAAAAAAACAUUGAUGGUAUGACGGCUUUACAUUUGGCAGCUAAAGAAGGGCAUUAUGAAUGUAUCAGACUCUUGCUGGAGGCUGGCUGCAGUGUCAAUGAACUUACUCACAGUAACAGGACGGCUCUUCAUCUGGUGGCCCAGAAUGGCUCAGGAAGAGAGGUCAAACUGCUGGUACAGGCUGGGAUCAAUCUGGAUUCAGUGGAUACACAACAUACUUCAGCUCUGCACUUGGCAGUACUCAACAACUCCACAGGAAUAGUUAAGGAUCUUAUCGAUGCGGGAUGCGACCUGGACAUCUUUGACAGUUGGCUUCAAACUGCUUUGCACAUAGCAGCAGAACACGGAAGGCAGAACGUCGCUGAGAUGAUCCUGAUAUCUGGAGUCAACCUCAAUUUGCUCGACAAGCAGGGAAAAACGUCACUGGAUGUUGCAGCACGAGGCAACCAUGUGAAUGUCGUUGACAUGAUUAUCAAAGCGGACAGAUUUUACAAAUGGGAGAAGGAAAAUGUGACGAGUGACUCUGACUCUCUGGUGGGAACGAGUCUUACCUUUAAGCAAGAUCAUCGACAGGAGACACAACAUAUCCGAUCUGUCCUGUGGAAACUUGCCUCCAAAUAUCUCAAACCAGGCGAGUGGAAAACACUGGCUCGGCACUGGAAGUUCUCAGACGCACAUAUUCGAGCCAUAGAGCACCAAUGGACAGGUACAAAGAGCUACAAGGAGCACGGGCACAGGAUGCUGCUCAUCUGGCUGCACGGAGUGAUCACCGCUGGAGAAAACCCCAUCAAGGGCUUGUACGAAGGUCUGACUGGAAUCUCAAGGACUGAUUUGGCAGGUGAAUUCAGCGUUACAGUUCAUAUGUGUAUAAGAAUGCAUGCGACAGCAGGCAAAUGCGGAUCCGACCUCUGCUAAAAAAUGCUCUACAAUGUAAUGUGAGAUUUAUUGAGAAAGGUCUAGACUGAGCACAUACCAACCAGGAGAUUGGACGCUCUUCAAAUACACAGCACUGAUGAAACACAAAUACUCCCUAAAAUACAACCUCAGUGAUGUGACUGAGAAGAAAACUUAGCCUGUUCACACCAAGAGCAAAUACUUACAGCAAACAUGACUUUGGAUUGAAACAAUGCGUUUCUGUGGAACCAUUCAUAUUGAGAAAAUAUGACAGAGCACUUUUUUAGGAGAACAGGUCAAUUUUUUUCUCUCUCUCUCACCAAGCAAUAAGAUUUUUGGUCAUGGUGAAUUUCAGGUUAAUUUUUACAGUUAUGCAUGUCUUUCUGUCCUUUAUUGAUUUGUACUUGCAGCUUUUCUGCUGUAAUUGUUAUUUUUAAGACUAGAAACAAAGACAAUACUAAUACAGCUGCAUUGCUCAGGAUACUGGGUAACACACAUGUUUUAUGUGUGUUUAAAUGUGUGUGAUCAUCCUGUUCAUUAUGGGAUUUGCAAGACUGAAAGGCCCAAACUUUUUUUUGUAUGUGCAAAUGUUCUUAUAUGAAUGCGGGACAAAAGAGAGAAGGUGCAAUGAAAUUAAGAGAAUAAACCACUGCAGUAUUUUAUGCAGAUUAGGGCUGGGUUGACAUAAAUUUUCCGGGUUUUUGGAGUAAAUCCCAACAAAUUUUGUUACUUUUGAUAUAAAACAAAGUCUUAGCUUUAAAAUUCUGUCACUUUUUUACGAGAUUCAAACAAUAAAUACAGUUUUGUCACUUUUUAAUGAAGUGCGACAGAUCGCUGUAGUCCCUCAUUUCCAGCCGCAACGCGGAGCGCAAGUGAACCAAACAUAUUUUCCCCUUUACUACUUGUUAUUGCAUGAAAUAAACAUGAAUUAACAUCGGAAGUUAUAUUAAAUGUAUCAUGUCUUAUGUAAGUGCUCAAUCAGUGUUUCAGAUGUCAAUAGAAAAGCUUGUUAACGAAGUCACGUAACGUUUACCUCAGAAAAGCCAUUCAGUGCCCACUGCUCAAUAGUUAGCUAUAAAUAAACUCUAGAGAGAAGCAUUUUGGUGAACAUAUGCACCAUUACAUAUUCACAAUAUUUUUUACCUGACCUGUUCUUCGAUAUUUGAAUAAAUCCGUCAUCAAAACCCGUUUAUAUGACAGCCACCAUUUAAAUAAUUUGAGCAUAAUUAUAUCAUUAAGUAUACGCUAAGUAUUAUCUUCUUCCCAUUACAGUUUACAGCAUUAGUUGAAAUUUCUUUACUUUGAGAAAAAUUGACAUGUAUUGUACCUGAUACGUAUCCAAAUGAAUCAGUAUCGAAUCACAAGUUUUGUAAUGAAAAUCGAAUUGUGAAAUUUGUGUCAACGCAGUCCUAAUGCAAACAUUCUAAAUAUAUUCAGCCUGCCUAAGCAAUAGAUAUGUAAAUGUUGGUUGUGAUGUUAAAAAUGCCUGCAAAAUGUGUAGACUGUAACUGAAACUGUACUUGCUCGAUUUGUAAGUGUAGGUCUACUUGUUUUAAAGUAUUAGGUAAAAUAUGAGUCACAGUAUGCAGCAUGACUAGAGUUGUUGUUAAGGUAUUGUUUUUUCCCCCCACACUAACAGGUUGUUCAUUUAAUUUACUUUAAUUUAAUUGUAGAUUGCACUUGAAACUCUAUCUAGAUAUUUUUGUCUCAUUUUUGUUAUAAUGGCUUUAGUGGACCUGUGACUCAACGGGAAAUUCAGCGCUGAAGCCGGUUGAAGGUUAAUAUUGACUUAUGAAAAUAUUUCUGCCAAGACAAAGAUGCAAAUUUGCAAACAUGCAGGUUAUCGGGUAGUAACCAAACCAAAUGUUGAUGUAUGCAAACCAAAAUGCUAGUCAAGUGCAUCACUGUUGUCAUUUUUAAAUGAGGUGAAAGUAUGACUCAAACAAAUCAAUCAAAACCAGCCGUCUCUGAGAAACGGGCAGCUGUUUUCUUUUGGAAUGAUUUUGCAAACUGUGUCCAAGCAACACAAACCAUUUCAAUAAACAAAAAUAUUACAACAGGAAGUUCUGCUUAUUUCCAUUGCCACAUGGUUUCCUCUCAAGAAUUAGUCCAAAAUUUUUGUGUAAUCUUUCUGUAAUAGUCCAUAAUAUUUGUUUUGGACUAUUUUCACAUGUAAUUGGUGCUUGGUCUGUGCAUAUUUCUUUCCUGAUUCAGAAGUGAUCGUUUAAAGUUAAAAUAUCUUCAUGAUGGAUUUGUUUAUUACAAACACGCAGCUUUUCACUUCACAAGAUGUUAAUUGAUGGACUGGAGUCGUGUGGAUUACUUGUGAUGUUUUUAUCAGCUGUUUGGACUCUCAUUCUGACGGCACCCAUUCACUGCAGUAGAUCCACUGGUGAACAAGU